UCGGCUGUCAGUUCGUUCGCAAGUCAGUCGUCAGUUUUGUGCAAAAGAAGAAAGAACUUCGGAAAAGUGCAAGAGUGUGAUUUUAGUAAUUUUCUCAGUGGAAAAUUGGCUUUCUUGCUUUUAGGAAGCUUAAUUCCACGUCUCCGUCCGUGGGACAAAACGCGCCGUGAAUGAGAACGCAAAAUUGAGGGCAAAGCUGGAGGAAGAGUGUCUCAAACCAGCAGCAGCAGCAGCCAUCAGGCAGGCCAGUCAGCAGAAGGCAAAGGAGAAAGAAAAAAAAAACUCUUCUUCUGUCAACUGUCUCUCAACAGCAGCAGCAGCAACGCAUUUAUUUAGUGCGAACCGAGCCAACAAGGGCAGGAGGAGGAAUCUUCUUUAUUCGCCGUCGUCGGUCGCGGUUCGAAGAAAGAAAAAAUGAGCGAGAAUCGGGAGGAGAUUCUGGCCAACUUUCAGAGUAUAACGGCAAUUGAAGAUGUAGCAGAAGCAAUCUAUCAUCUCGAGGAAAGCAACUGGGAUUUGCUGUCCGCAAUCCAUCGCGUCCUGCCGCAGGACCCCCAGGAUCAACGCGCAUCGGCCGGUGGUAGCGGCGGGGGCGGCGGUGGCGGUGGCGGAGGUUCCGGCUCGGCAUUCGCCUCGUUCGCAAACAACCUCAACAGCCUGGAGGCGAUGGCCAACGUCGAGGAGCUGAUGACGGCGCCGUCGUCUCCGACUAAAAAUUUGGGCGGAGCGGGACCCAGCAGAAAUUUGGACGCAGAUUUUAUUUUCGAUGAUUCCUUUGGACUGUUUGAACCAGGAGCGUCCACGUCCCGUUCGAGCAGCCACCCGGAUUUUCGCACCGCGCUCAACUAUCUGGACCCGGAGCCUCACUCGGUGCUGUUCAAAAUUCACUCCAACAACGAGCUGCACCUGGUCAGCAUAUCGAACCACGCCACCGUCGGCGAGCUCAAGGCCAAAAUCAGCGAGAAAACGGGCGUGCCGGUGUGCCGCCAGGCGCUGAAGGGUUGGGAUUCGGGGAAGCAGAAGGACGUGCAAAAUUCGUCGACGGUGCUCAAAUCGCUCAACAUUGGCAAGGAGGUCAGCCUCAUCCUGACAGACAUGUCGAUGGAGGGCUUCGUUGGAGACGCCACCGAACCGCUCGCCUCGCAGAACCAGCAAACGUACACGCUGCACAUCAACGUCCCGGACGGCAACAUGCUGCACCUCAAGUUUCCCGGCUUUCAGAACAUUCUGGCCAUCAAGACGGACGUGUACACCAUCACGGACAUUCCGGUGCGGCACCAGGUGUGGUCCGGCUGGCCGAACAACGUAACAAACACCACGACGCUGGCCGAGUCGGGCGUCGAGCGGGACCACAACCUGGUGCUGAAGCACGCCGACGACGGCGCGGCCAAAAUCAGCAACAACAACAACGCGGCGGCGACGGCGGCCGGGGCCAGCACCAGCACCAGCAGCAGCAGUCGGAACGUGUACAAUAACAGUGACAGCAUGCCGAUCAUAAUCGACUCGGAGGACAGCGAGGAGUUCGAGGACGCGUCGGACUUUAACAACGAUGACGACAUUUUCACCGAGACGCCCAACAUCAGCCAGCUGAAACAUUUGAUUCCGGACAACGUGGACGACGAAACGAUCGGCAGCAUACAGUUUGUGGAGAACUUUGUCGAGCGGUACGGCCCGCAGCAUCCGAUGUUUUUCCAGGGCAGCCUCGAGGACGCGCUGAAGGAGGCGUGCCGGCCGUCGGCGCGUGAUCGCAAGCUGAUGGCGGUGUACCUGCACCACGACGGGAGCGUCCUGACGAACGUCUUCUGCGGCCAGCUGCUCGCCUGCGAAAGCAUCAUCCAGAUGCUGCUGGACCACUUUGUGCUGUACGGCUGGGAUCUGACCUUCGAGAGCAAUAAGAACAUGUUUUUAUCAUCCAUAUCGGCAUGCGUCGGAAUGACCGCGUCGAUCACGGUGCGGAACAUCCCGGUCGACCGGUUGCCGGCGAUUCUUGUGAUAGCGAAAAAUCGCAGCCAGUGCGAAGUUUUUCAGGUGAUUUAUGGUAAUGUCAGCGUGGACGAUCUGCUGUCGCAGCUGAUGGAGGCGUCCGACAUGUACGCGGAACAGUUGAAGAUUGAGCUGCGCGAGGAGAACGAACGGUUAGCCCGGGAGCAGGUCAAGCUGGAGCAGGACGCCGCCUACCAGGAGAGUCUCGAGGCUGACCGGGCCAAGCAGGAGGCCAAACGCCAGAAGGAACUGAUGAUGCAAACCGAGCGAAGGCGGCUCGAGUCGGAGCGGGCCGAUGCCGAGGCCAAGCGCGAACAGAUCCGGGCCGCGGCCCGCAGUACCGUCCCUCCGGAACCGGAGCAAACCGUCGGCGAGAACAUUACCAAAAUCCGGAUGAGGCCGCCGACGGGCGUGCUGAUAGAGCGGCGCUUCACCACGGACACGCCGCUGCGCAUCCUGCUGAACUUUGUCACCGCCGAAGGGUUCCUCAUUGACGAGUACAAGGUCAUCCAGAGCUGGCCUCGAAGAGAUCUCACGGCACUAAACCACGAAGAAACCCUCAAGGAUCUGAAGCUUUACCCGCAGGAGACGCUCAUCCUGGAGGAGCGAUGAUUCCGCCGUGGCGCAGGACGCAAAACCGUUUCCAUCUCUCACUGCAGGACGCAAGCAAAUCACACAUCCUGUUGCUAGUAAUUUAUUUACCCUCUUUCGACUGUUGGCGCGAACAAAAUUUGUUAAAAAUUUAUCUAAAUCAAGUGUGUGACUUUCACUUUUAUUUUUCGAAUCUUGGCUCUUGGUGUGACUUUUCGCGCAAAAUUUGUAUUAGUUUAUUUUUUUAUUAUUUUUCUUCCAUGUCCCUGACACUCCCUCUUGCAUUCUUUGUUAGGAUUCUCACUCGUACUACUAUUGCAAAACAAGAGCUAUGAUACAUAUAUAUUUUUUGUUCAUUUAGGACGUAAAACCCAAGAAGCUUAAAGCAAUUUUUUGAAAUGAUGAUCACAGACAGAAGAAACAGCAAAAU